AUGGAGACAGAGCUACAUCAACAGAAGUUUCUCACCUUGGAAUGCGAGGGACGCUCCCGCAUCUCCUGCACACCUCCAACUGCGUGCAAGAGGAGGGCCCCAAGCUACUUUCUCCACCUCCUCACACUGCUCCCUGCAAGCCAGAAGGAGGCUGCUGAGAGUCCCUAUCACUCCUGGCCGCCUUUUUAUGUUGUCUGCAGGGGGAAAGAAGGCGAGGGACAACUUGGUGCUGGGAACUGACCUCUGGCCUGGCGGGCUUCUGGGAGGGGAGAGCAGAAGAGGAGUGACUGGGGCUGGGGGACUCCAUGCGGGGGCCAUGGACAGAGCGGCGCUCCUGGGACUGUCCCGCCUUUGCGCGCUGUGGGCAGCCCUGCUCGCGCUGUUCCCAUGCGGAGCCCAAGGAAACUGGAUGUGGUUGGGCAUCGCCUCCUUUGGGGUUCCGGAGAAGCUGGGCUGCGCCAACUUGCCGCUGAACAGCCGCCAGAAGGAGCUGUGCAAGAGGAAACCGUACCUGCUGCCGAGCAUCCGAGAGGGCGCCCGGCUGGGCAUUCAGGAGUGCAGGAACCAGUUCAGACACGAGAGGUGGAACUGCCGGGUUGCCGCCACCGCCCCGCCGGGCACCAGCCCCAUCUUUGGCUACGAGCUGACCAGCGGCACCAAGGAAACAGCAUUUAUUUAUGCUGUGAUGGCUGCAGGCCUGGUGCAUUCUGUGACCAGGUCAUGCAGUGCAGGCAACAUGACGGAGUGUUCCUGUGAUACCACCUUGCAGAAUGGCGGCUCAGCCAGUGAAGGCUGGCACUGGGGGGGCUGCUCUGAUGAUGUGCAAUAUGGCAUGUGGUUCAGCAGAAAGUUCCUAGAUGUCCCCAACAAAAACACCACGGGAAAAGAAAGCAAAAUACUGUUAGCAAUGAACCUACAUAACAAUGAAGCUGGAAGGCAGGCUGUCGCCAAGUUGAUGUCAGUAGACUGCCGCUGCCACGGAGUUUCCGGUUCCUGUGCUGUGAAAACAUGCUGGAAAACCAUGUCUUCUUUUGAAAAGAUUGGCCAUUUGUUGAAGGAUAAAUAUGAAAACAGUGUGCAAAUCUCAGACAAAAUAAAGAGGAAAAUGCGCAGGAGAGAAAAAGAUCAGAGGAAAAUACCCAUCCACAAGGAGGAUCUGUUCUACAUUAAUAAGUCUCCCAAUUACUGUGUAGAGGAUAAGAAACUAGGGAUCCCAGGGACACAAGGCAGAGAAUGCAACCGUACGUCGGAGGGUGCAGAUGGCUGCAACCUCCUCUGCUGUGGCCGAGGCUACAACACCCACGUGGUCAGGCAUGUGGAGAGGUGUGAGUGCAAGUUUAUCUGGUGCUGCUAUGUCCGCUGCAGGAGGUGUGAAAGCAUGACUGACGUCCACACUUGCAAGUAACCACUGCAUCCAGCCUUGGGCAACACUCCUUGGUGACAUACAGCGGGGUUGCCAUCCAGAGGAUGCCUCUCCUGUGCACUCCUGUGUCGGAAUUCUCCAAUCCUUGGGCCACUCUCAGAGUUCUCUUUACCUGGUCGAUGUCCAGUCACACACUGAGCAUGUGGAUUUCUUGGGAUUCUAAAGUUGAAAAGAUCUGGGUUCAUCUUUUGGUGGUUUGGAGAAAAUAUAUUGACAUACAAGAAAGAUGAUUUGUCUUAGUUUAAGGAAGAAAGGAUAGGAAAGAGCCUUCAUGCCAGAAACCUGGUCCAUAGUCAGGAUAAGAGCCUUGAGUAUGGAACUCAGCUAUGGAACUCAUGGGUGAAUAUAGUCAUUUUUAAAAGACACUUCUUAUAGCAGCAAGGAGCAGUAAACAUGAAUCUCAUUUAUUCUUCUAGCAUUUCAUAUGAAGAAAUCAUACUGUUAGUGCGUAGAAACAGAAGGUGUUGAAAAGGUAACGGAAGUGGUGGGUGCUUAUUUACCCUUUCAUGCAUUUCAAAAAAAGGCAAUUAAAAAGAAUCUUCUUAAGUGAUACGAUAUCCCUAAAAAUGUUUGUUAGAGAUCUUUGGUGACAAAGGAAAGAAUCAAAAUGUAAAAAGUAAAACGUAUGAUUUAGAUUUUAAGUGGCUUUUAACUAUGAGAAUUUAUCUAGAAAAAACAUCAGUAAGGUAUAUAGCAAUCUUUGAUCUUUGGCUUCAUACUUUAAUCAUAGACCAGUUUCUACUAUUAAAGGCCCAGCUCUGAAAUACUGGGUGAAGAAGGGAUCCUGGAAACAUGUGGGAAAAUUAGAGAUAAAAAUAUAAAGGGCUCUCAUACAUUGUAAGGAAAAGCACCCUUUAAAGGUGUAAAGACAGUAUUUUGUACAAUAUUUUGCUAAAAAAUUUUUAUAUUUUGUAAAUACAGUAUUUAAGUUAUAUGAUAUAUAUAAAAACUUAAGACAUUUAUUGCCAAAGCCCAAGAGCUAAGACAAUAAUUUUCUCAGAAAUAAUAUUAGCUUGUUUCUUUUCAUACUAUUAUCUCUUUUUAUACAUUGAAAAAGAAGUUAAUUGAGCAGUUAGUUAUAUGGAUGUGUAUUUCUCGCCAAAAUGACAGUUUUAUAUGUUAUAGAUUUAAAUAUGCUACAAAAUAUUGAGAACUGUGUUAUUUCAGCAGUCAGAUUAGUUGAAUUCUGUUUUUAAUUAGUUAUGUUUAACUUGUAAGGUUAUUAUAAUAAAUUAUACAGUAAAAGUCUUAACUGGGAAAAAGAAUCUAAAUCAGAAUAAUGAUCAAUUUGUGGAUUUGAUAUCCUGGCUAUUUAUUGUAUUGUACGUAAUGCUGCAUUUCCAUGUGAAUGUUGAAUGGUCUCUCUUGCUUUAGUAUUCAUGCAUGUAUCUUCAUCAUAUUUUACAAAGUUCCUGGUGAAAAUUACAAGGCUAUAUUUAAGGUUGUAUUUUAAUGUAAAUGCUUAUGUUUUUUAUGAAUUGUUAAAUAUUUCAGUAUUACAUAGAAAAAAUAGAUUUUCUAAGUUCAGAAUGGACAAAGAAAGAAUAUCCUUUUUCUUAUAAGAAGCUAAAGAAAUGUUCCCCUGACCACCAGGUCUCAUUUUAUUUCCUUUCAAUUUUAUUUACGAAGGUAGAGUGAUAAUUUGUGAAAAAGAGCAAACCCGUGGAAAAUGUCUCCAGCCUAAUACUAAAAUUAAAGCUGAACAUUUAUCCGUGA